ACCUGGAUGGAACUCCCACAGCUUUCCAGGAGUUCUUGGUCAUGGCUGGUUUUGGAAGGAGUUGUUUACUGCAGGCUGCCUAAGCUCUUUCUCACCCUUUCGGUUGGGGCUUUUGGAGGAGCCUGGGUUAUAUCGGCCAACAAGUGCAUCUUGUGGCUGAUUUGGCUUUUUCUCGGGUUUGUUUGCGCUGGGAGUUUGUUUUCGUUGGAUCUUGCCUAUCUACGUCUUGCUUCUGAACUCAAACCGAGGGCAAUUGUGGAUGAAGGCUUAUGGGACAACCUAGUGAACUUGCGCCUAGUCUUUAUGGGGACGCUUGCCAAAUACCUUGGAGGAACUCUGACCAUAGACCUAGGGAGGGGUUUGUAUGGCAGAUUGUGUGUCUCUCGGGUCACUUUGGAGAGUGCUAAGAAGACUAAGAAGAAGCUCCCUAGGAGCCCAAAGAAGAAAAGGACUGGAGAUGAUGUUAUGGAGACUCCUAGUCUAAAUACGGAUAUUGCCAUGGAGCUACCUGAGAAGGAGAAGGCUCCAACUGCGUCUUCAACGUCUGAGAAAUCCCCCCCACAUGCUGAAGACGUCCCUGAUACAGGUGCUCAGGUGGGGAUAACCUCUGCGCAAGAGACCCCCCAGGUGUUUGACAAAAUGCCUACACCAGAUAUGGUUGCUGCCAAACCUGUUACGUUUGCUGACCUCUUCAAGGGUAAUAGGGAUCCUGACCAAGGUAUGAUUCUGAAACAAUAUGAUGUUGGUGAAGGUGUUCUUUAUAUCCCGGAUUCUAUUAUCAAACCUAUUGAAGAGCUGUGGGGUUUUUGUCUUGUGGGCUGCUUUACUGGACGCUUCCCUGGCCUCAAGGCAGUGGAUGCUAUUGUCAAAAGCUGGAAUGUACCUUGUAGAUACAUUCCCCAUUGUAAGGGUUGGGUUAUUCUGAAGUUUGAGAAUGAUAUUGAUAGAAUGGAUGUGCUGGGUAGGGAAAGGGAUAAAGCUUAUGGGAAGGAGCUUAGACUCAAAAUCCCUUCUCAUGGUUUCAUGUUUGAUUUUGCUGAAUUCACCACUCUACCUGUCUGGGUUCAGCUACAUAAUGUACCAUUGCAGCUUUGGUCUAAAGAAGGAAUUGGAAUGCUGGCCUCAAAAGUGGGGAAGCCUCUGAGAACUGAACUGGUUACAAAGCAGCAAGGCAAGGGUGGUUUUUGUAGAGUGCUUGUUGAGGUUGACUUCUCAAAACAGCCUGUGACCCACUUUGAGGUAGCUUGUAUGGGUAAGACUUACACACAACUUGUGGUGUUCGAGGAAGACCCUAAAUACUGCUUUCAUUGCAAAACCUGGAAUCAUUGCCCCUUCUACUGCAAAGAACUGGAACUGGGUAAGAAGAAGGAGAUGGCAGGUUUGGAGACUACACAUAAGGUUGAUUUGGAUAAGCCAAAGGAGACUAAAAUAACCCCUGGGAAGGCUGGAGCUAGGGACAGUGUACCUCCUGGGAAUAAUCCACAUGUUGAACCUGUAGGUGGUCUAAUUCCUUCUUCUUCUUACAAUAAGGAGAAGGCUAAAGAAUCCAUUCCAAAACAGGAGGCCUGGCUGUUGACAGGAGCAUACUAUAUGACUGAUCUGCAAGGCUUCAAGUCUUCUAACUGCUUAGAAGAUGUUCCUUCUACUGGAAAUUUCUUCACUUGGCAUAAAGGGAACAAGCUUGCUAAACUGGAUAGAGUCCUUGCUAACCAAUCCUGGGGAGACAUUGGUUUGGCCCCAACUUGUGAAUUCUUGGAUUUCAACUUCCUAUCUGACCACUGCCCCACCCUUUUCCAGUGUGGUGCAUCCCUUGGCAACAGGUGCACUAGUUACUUCCACUCCAUUGUUAAGAAGAACAGAAGGAAAAACACUGUUGGGUUCUUGGUUAGAGAGGAUGGAUCUAAAACUACUUCUAUGAAUGAGGUGGCUAGUAUCUUUGUGGACUACUUUACUACAUUGUUUGGCACUACUUCAUCAGUGGAACCCAUUGAGCUGGAGAGUUUGAUUGCUGGAACCAGAGUGCCUUCUUCUGCACAGUCCACUCUCCUUGCUUCUGUUACACCUGAGGAGGUGAGGGAGGCAGUUUUUGACAUUGGGGCCUUUGUCCCUGGGAGAUCUCUUGUGGACAAUUUCCUCCUAGCUCAACACCUUAUCAGGGAUUAUGCUGUCAAGAGGUCUACACCUAGCAGCUUGAUUAAAUUGGAUAUCACCAAGGCCUAUGAUACUGUCUCUUGGAGCUUUUUGCAAGAUGUGAUGCAUGGUUUGGGCUUUCCCCCUAGAUUUGUCUCUCUUAUCAUGGAGUGUGUUUCCUCUGCUUCUUCAUCUAUUAUGGUUAAUGGAGACAGUCAUGGCUUCUUUCCUAGUCAGCGUGGGCUUAGACAAGGGGAUCCAAUGGCCCCUACCCUCUUCCUCUUUUGUAUUGAGUACUUCUCUAGAUUACUCAACAAAAGGGCUAAAGUAGGUGGCUUUAACUAUCACAAGGAUUGUGCAGCACUUGGGAUUACGCACUUGGCUUUUGCUGAUGAUCUUAUGUUGUUCUCUAGAGGGGACUCCCAUUCUGUGCAGGUUUUAAUGGAUGCUUUGGACCAUUUUUCAAGGGUGUCUGGCCUAACCCUUAAUCCUACUAAGUCCAACAUCUUCCUUUCUGGUAAAUACACGGAUGUUAGCCAAAAUAUUCUGGAUCUUGCCCCCUUUCCUCGCGGUCAGCUUCCUGUUAGAUAUCUGGGUCUCCCUUUGGCCUCUCAAAGGAUCUCUGAGAGUGAUUUUGCCCCUUUGUUCAAAACUGUUGAUGGUUUUCUAUCUAAAUGGAGCACUUUGAAGUUAUCCUAUGCUGGCAGACUGGAACUGAUUAGAGCAGUGGUACAGGGAGUCCAAUCCUUUUGGCUCCUGGCCUUUCCUGUCCAGAAAUAUGUGCUUGACCGUAUCAUCUCCAUGUGUAGAGACUUCCUUUGGGGCAGCAAACUUGCCAAGGUUGCAUGGGUUGAUAUUUGCAAGCCACGGGAGGAAGGUGGAUUGGGUCUGAAGGACGCCAAUACCUGGAAUAAUGCUCUGUUGUGCAAACUUCUGUGGAACCUGGCAGCUAAGAAUGACACCCUUUGGGUCAAAUGGGUUCACAAUGUUUACAUUCAGGGUGAGAACCUGUGGCAGUGGCAGCCCAUGAAGAGACACUCUGACUUCUUCAAAAGGCUUGCCUAUGUGCGUGACCUUUUUGUUCAAAAGCUUGGUGACCUUCAUCCUUCUAUGGAAGAGGCUAUGAACCCCUUUUUGCUUGGCAGGAGGAGGCUGCCCACCAAAACAAACUUGGAAUUUCUCGGUUUGCCUAUGGACUGCACCUUUUGUGGACAUGGGUUGGAAGAUGUGGACCACCUGUUCUUUAGCUACCAGUUCUCUAAAGAAGUUUGGGACAGUAUCAAGACUUGGCUAGCCCAGAGUGCUAAGAAGACUAAGAAGAAGCUCCCUAGGAGCCCAAAGAAGAAAGGGACUGGAGAUGAUGUUAUGGAGAUUCCUAGUCUGAAUACGGAUAUUGCCAUGGAGCUACCUGAGAAGGAGAAGGCCCCAACUGCGUCUUCAACGUCUGAGACAUCCCCCCCACAUGUUGAAGACGACCCAGAUACAGGUGCUCAAGUGGGGAUAACCUAUGCGCAAGAGACCGCCCAGGUGUUUGACAAAAUGCCUGAACCAGACAUGGUUGCUGCCAAACCUGUUACGUUUGCUGACCUCUUCAAGGGCAAUAGGGAUCCUGACCAAGGUAUGAUUCUGAAGCAAUAUGAUGUUGGUGAAGGUGUUCUACAUAUCCCGGAUUCCAUUAUCAAACCUGUUGAAGAGCUGUGGGGUUUUUGCCUUGUGGGCUGCUUUACUGGACGCUUCCCUGGCCUCAAGGCAGUGGAUGCUAUUGUCAAAAGCUGGAAUGUACCUUGUCGAAUCAUCCCCCAUUGUAAGGGUUGGGUUAUCCUGAAGUUUGAGAAUGAUAGUGAUAGAAUGGAUGUGCUGGGUAGGGAAAGGGACAAAGCUUAUGGCAAGGAACUUAGACUCAAAAUCACUUCCCAUGAAGGAAUUGGUAUGCUGGCCUCAAAAGCGGGACGGCCUCUGAGAAGUGACCUGGUUACUAAGCAGCAAGGCAAGGGUGGAUUCUGUAGAGUACUUGUUGAGGUUGACUUCUCAAAACAGCCUGCGACCCACUUUGAGGUAGCUUGUAUGGGUAAGACUUACACACAACUUGUGGUGUUUGAGGAAGACCCUAAAUACUGCUUUCAUUGCAAAACCUGGAAUCAUUGCCCCUUCUACUGCAAAGAACUGGGUAAGAAGAAGGAGAUGGCAGGUUUGGAGACUACACAUAAGGUGGAUUUGGAUAAGCCAAAGGAGACUAAAAUAACCCCUGGGAAGGCUGGAGCUAGGGACAGUGUACCUCCUGGGAAUAAUCCACAUGUUGAACCUGUAGGUGGUCUAAUUCCUUCUUCUUCUUACAAUAACCUCUUCCGAUUUCUUAGAGGACUUUCAAGGUCCUCUAAGCAGAAAUUUUUGUGUAAAUACCUUUUGGAACUUGGUGUCCAUUUUGCAUGCCUGUUGGAGACUAAGAGCACAGGAGCCAAGUUGGAAAAUUUUGUGAUUACCAAACUGCCUGGGUGGAGAUUUGCCACCAAUUUUGAAGUUUUGCCUCGCAGUUUCCAUUGCCUCACAACACAAAAGGAGUUUGUCCUAUCCUUCAUCUAUGGCAUGUACACUGUUACCAAAAGAAGGGAGUUGUGGCAUGACUUGUCUUCUUUAGCACAGAAUAUCUCCAUACCUUGGGCUCUGCUUGGGGACUUUAACUGUGUUUUGGCUAGUAAUGAGAGGGUGAACUGUAUGAGCCAGGGAGCAUACUAUAUGUCUGAUCUGCAAGGCUUCAUGUCUUCUAACUGCUUAGAAGAUGUUCCUUCUACUGGAAAUUUCUUCACUUGGCAUAAAGGGAACAAACUUGCUAAACUGGAUAGAGUCCUUGCUAACCAAUCCUGGGGAGACAUUGGUUUGGCCCCAACUUGUGAAUUCUUGGAUUUCAACUUCCUAUAUGACCACUGCCCCACCCUCUUCCAGUGUGGUGCACCCUUUUGCAACAGGUUCAGACCUUUCAGAUUCUUCAAUAUGUGGCUAAAGCAUGAGAGCUUCAAUGGGUUGGUCUCCCAGUCUUGGGAGGCAGGUGUGGUUGGCUCUAAGCAAUUCUCCUUUUGCUCCAAGCUUAAACGCCUCAAACCUCCCUUAAAAUCCCUCAAGAAGCAGGCCUUUGGUCAUAUAUCUAGAAGAGCAAUGGAAGCUAGGGACGAGUAUGGAUUAGUGAUGAAGCAGGUGGUCGUGGACCCUAAUAAUCAAACCCUUCUUGAUGAUGCUGACAUUAUAAGGAAGAGAGCUAACUUCCUCCUUGAUGCUGAAUUGGCCUUCUAUCAACAGAAAGCAAAAUGUGAUUUUCUUAUGAAUUCUGAUAGAUGCACCAGUUACUUCCACUCCAUUGUUAAGAAGAACAGAAGGAAAAACACUGUUGGGUUCUUGGUUAGAGAGGAUGGAUCUAAAACUACUUCUAAGAAUGAGGUGGCUAGUAUCUUUGUGGACUACUUUACUACACUGUUUGGCACUACUUCAUUAGUUGAACCCUUUGAGCUGGAGAUUUUGACUGCUGGAACCAGAGUGCCUUCUUCUGCCCAAUCCACUCUCCUUGCUUCUGUUACACCUGAGGAGGUGAGGGAGGCAGUUUUUGACAUUGGUAAUGACAAGGCUCCUGGCCCUGAUGGCUAUACUGCAGCUUUCUUCAAGGAUCAGUGGGCUACUAUGGGGAGAUCUCUUGUGGACAAUUUCCUCCUAGCUCAACACCUUAUCAGGGACUAUGCUGUCAAGAGGUCCACACCUAGCUGUUUGAUCAAAUUGGAUAUCACCAAGGCCUAUGAUACUGUCUCUUGGAGUUUUUUGCAGGAUGUAAUGCAUGGUUUGGGCUUUCCCCCUAAAUUUGUCUCUCUUAUCAUGGAGUGUGUUUCCUCUGCUUCUUCAUCUAUUAUGGUUAAUGGAGAUAGUCAUGGUUUCUUUCCUAGUCAGCGUGGGCUUAGAAAAGGGGACCCCAUGGCUCCUACCCUCUUCCUCUUUUGUAUUGAGUACUUCUCUAGGUUACUCAACAAAAGGGCUAAAGAAGGGGGCUUUAACUAUCACAAGGUCUGUGCAACGCUUGGGAUUACGCACUUGGCUUUUGCUGAUGAUCUUAUGUUGUUCUCUAGAGGGGAUUUCCAUUUUGUGCAGCUUUUAAUGGAUGUUUUGGACCACUUUUCAAGGGUUUCUUGCCUAACCCUUAAUCCUACUAAGUCCAACAUCUUCCUUGCUGGUAAAUACAGGGAUGUUAGCCAAAAUAUUCUGGAUCUUGCCUCCUUUCCUCAUGGUCAGCUUCCUGUUAGAUAUCUGGGUCUCCCUUUGGCUUCUCAAAGGAUCUCUGAGAGUGAUUUUGCCCCUUUGUUUAAAACUGUUGAUGGUUUUCUGUCUAAAUGGAGCACUUUGAAGUUAUCCUAUGCUCGUAGACUGGAACUGAUUAGAGCAGUGGUACAGGGAGUCCAAUCCUUCUUGCAUCAAGCCUUCCCUGUCCAGAAAUAUGUGCUUGAUCGUAUCACCUCCAUGUGUAGAGAAUUCCUUUGGGGCAGCAAACUUGCCAAGGUUGCUUGGGUUGAUAUUUGCAAGCCAAAGGUGGAAGGUGGAUUGGGUUUGAAGGAUGCCAAUACAUGGAACAAUGCUCUGUUGUGCAAACUUCUGUGGAACCUGGAAGCAAAGAUGGACGCCCUUUGGGUCAAAUGGGUUCACAAUGUUUACAUUCAGGGUGAGAACCUGUGGCAGUGGCAACCCAAGAAGAGACACUCUGUCUUCUUCAAAAGGCUUGCCUAUGUGCGUGACCUUCUGGUCCAAAAGCUUGGUGACCACUAUCCGUCUAUGGAAGAGGCUAUGAAUCCUUUUUGCUUGGCAGAUGUGGACCACCUGUUCUUUAGCUGCCAGUUCCCUAAAGAAGUUUGGGACAAUGUCAAGACUUGGCUACGUAUGGAAGGACACCUGAGUACCCUCACCAGAGCCAUCAGAUGGCUGAAGGCAUUUAGGCGAGGGGAUGGGAUCCUCAAGAAGGCGAGAAGGAUUGCUUUUGCUUGCACUAUUUUCCACCUCUGGAAGCUACGUAAUGUUGCCCACUUUGAGCGUGAACCUCUCUCCAUUCAGGUUGUGACUUCUAAAAUCAAGAUUAACCAUGCCUUGGUUGUCCUCAUUCCCAAGAUCAGGGAGAACCUUAGUGCCAAAGAUUAUAGACCCAUAGCCUGUUCUAAUGUGGUCUAUAAAAUAAUCACUAAAAUCCUUUCCAAUAGAAUGGCUGGACUGCUUCCUAGCCUCAUUAAUCCUGCCCAAGCUGCUUUUAUUAAGGGCAGGAGCAUUGUGGAUAAUAUUCUUUUGGUACAACACCUGGUUAGGGGGUAUGCUAGGAAGAGAUCACCCCCUUGCUGUAUGCUAAAGCUGGACAUCUCAAAAGCAUAUGGCACAAUCUCAUGGGAUUUCUUGAGGAAUACACUUCAGCGAAUUGGAUUCCCCCCAACUUUUGUGAACUGGGUCAUGGAGUGUGUUACCACUGCAUCCUUCUCACUGUCUAUUAAUGGAGGCUUGCAUGGCUUCAUUAAAUGCAAAAGAGGUAUUAGACACGGUGACCCCGUGGCCCCAACUCUGUUUCUUUUCUGCAUGGAAUACCUCUCAAGGCUGAUCAGGAGAAUGCUCUAUGGGAACAGAUUCACUUUCCAUAACAGGAAAGAGGAUAUCCUAGCUUUGGUGGCUUUCCCUCAGGGUAAACUGCCUGUUAGAUACCUGGGACUACCUCUUACCUCACAAAGAGCUUCUGAAAGAGACUCUGCCCCACUUGUGAAUAAGGUGGAUGAACAUAUCAGAAAAUGGAAUGCCAAAACCCUAUCUGCUGCUGGAAGAUUGGAACUCAUCAGAUCUGUUAUCCAAGGAAUUGAAGGAUUCUGGUUCCAAGCUUUCCCUAUUCAUAAAUCUGUGUUGGAUAGGAUAACCUCCCUUUGUAGAACUUUCCUUUGGGGGAGCAAAUUCUGUACGGUUGCUUGGGAGGAUAUCUGCAAACCCAAGGAUGAAGGGGGGCUUGGACUGAACCAGCCCAUUAUUUGGAAUCAGGCACUUUUGAGCAAGAACCUGUGGAAAAUUGCCUUUAACAAGGAAACCCUAUGGGUGCAAUGGGUUCACUCUGUUUACCUUGAUGGCAAUGACUUUUGGACUUGGAGUCCUAGGAAAAAGGACUCUCAUUUUUUCAAGAAACUGAUUGAAAUCAGGGACCUGCUCCUACUCAAGUGUGGGGACAGAUGGGAACUUGAAAACCAACUCUGUGAUCUGGGUGAAAUAUCAGCUACCAAGGAGGAGGAAACUGGUCAGCAUCUCUUUUUCAGCUGUGAAACCUCCACACUCAUCUGGAAUGCUGUCAGAUCAUGGCUUGAGAUUGCCCCUGCCCUAUCUACCCUGGAUAGAGCCCUUACCUGGCUAAGGAGACUGAGGAAUAACCAUUGCUCUAGGAGGAAGAUGACAAGGCUGGCUAUUCUCAGUACAGCCUACCACAUUUGGAGAUUAAGGAAUGGUGUGUACUUUGACAAUCAGGCCAUAAAUAUUGAUGCUAUUGUGUGCAAGAUCAAGGUUGGUGUGUCUUCCCUCUGGUGUUGGGUGGGUUGGGGCCCCAUUGGUUUUGUGGACUGGUGGGGUUGUGAGGAAACAAACCAACCUCUACUAACCCCUUCUGGGGGAAACAUGGAUUCUGUUACUGUCUUGGCCAAUGCCAUUAAAGAGUUCUCCCAAGUAUCUGGAUUGCAUGUUAAUCCUCUGAAAUCCAAUAUCUAUUUGGCUGGUGAAAUUAAGGAUAACAAGCAUGAUUUACUAUCCUUAGUCUCUUUCCCUGAGGGUAAACUUCCGGUACAAUACUUGGGACUCCCCUUGACUUCCCAAAGAGCUUCCGAAAGGGACUUUGCACCGCUUAUUGCUAAAGUGGAUGAAAAUAUUAGGAAGUGGAAUACCAGAUCUUUAUCUGCAGCAGGUAGAUUGGAACUUGUUAGAAGUGUCAUUCAGGGUAUUGAGGGUUUUUGGUUUCAGGCAUUCCCCAUCCAUAAAACUGUACUCGACAGAAUUACAUCCCUAUGGAGAACCUUUUUGUGGGGAAGUAAGUUUUGCAAGGUGGCCUGGGCUGACAGUUGUAAACUUAAAGAUGAAGGGGGCUGGGGCUUGAGAGACUCAAUGAUUUGGAACCAAGCUUUGCUGGCUAAAAGCCUCUGGAAUAUUGCCUCAAAAAAGGACACCUUGUGGAUUCAAUGGGUACACUCGGUUUAUCUUGAAGGCAGUAAUUUUUGGACCUGGAUUCCUAGCAAGAAGGAUUCCCACUUUCUUAAGAAGAUUGUUGAUGUUAGGGAUUCCCUAUUACAAAAGUGUGGUGAUAGAUUCAUGAUUGAAGACAACUUAUGUGACAUGGGUGAUAUGAAGGCCGCCAAGGUCUAUGAGCUUUUGAGGUCCAAAGCUAGCAUGAGACCUUGGAUGAAAGUAAUAUGGCAGCCUUAUAUUCCCCCUAGAUACUCAUUCACUGUUUGGCUAACGUUGCGAGGGAGACUCCCUACUAAAAUGAACCUCCACUUCAUUCCCAUGGACAACAGGAGAUGUGAGUUUUGUCAUACUGAGGAGGAAACUACACAGCACCUGUUCUUCCUAUGUGAGAUUACCUCCCUCAUUUGGGGUACUAUUAAGAAUUGGCUUAAGAUUGCACCUGCAUUAUCUACCCUUGAGAGGGCCAUUACAUGGGCUAGGAGACAAAGGCACAACCACUGUGCCAAAAGGAAAAUGUGGCGACUGGCCAUCCUGUCCACAGUUUACAACAUUUGGAGAAGGUCAAAUCUAGGUCCUCCACUUGGGGCUGGAACCAGUUCAAAGAACAGAAAUCCUUCCCUUUGGAUUCCUAAGCUCUGGACUGGAUCCUGGGGGCUGUUUGGGACGCUUGAUAUGGUUUCUCUUUGAGCUAACUGAUCAACCAGGUAUCAUUCCUCAAUGCACCUUGACACGCCAAAACCGAAAGCGAACCCAACACAUCAUGGGCGGUCAUACGGAGGGAAACACAAUCACAGAAGUGAAGGUGAAGCCAAUAAUGAACCAGGGAACCCUGGAACAAAAUACUUUAUGGGCAGACUUAGGCUAACAGAGAAUUCUUAACCAGUCCCCGUUAGUGCACCAAACCCGAGUACUCAACAACAACCAAUGGGCCAAAACUUUCCGGAAAAGAGACAACAGAUAGUGUACCACAAGCGGUGCCAUGGCGUCAAUCGAAUGCCAACCCUUUGGUUCCCACACGAGCAGGCACACGACAGAACUCAGCAGUUGGAACGUAAGGAUGCCACCGAAAGGGUACAGAACAAAGGAAACCAUUGCAGACAAAGGCGGAACCCACCAAAUUGAAAAGGCUUUCACGGCAAGUUUUCGCUGCUACAGCAAGGAUCAAACCUGACCAUGAAAACCAAAUACAUCUCACACACAAUUACGCAUCGCAAACUUCAUACACACCGCACAACCCACCAACAGACCAAAGGCCAAGUUUUUAACUCAGCAGUCAGCCCACCAGCGAAUGCCUGGUGCCCAUGACAGUCGCGUCGAUGAGUGCCAUG